GGCUCUGCUGGGACUCAGGAGUGGCAGGAGGAAGAAGGUGUGAGGCCGCAGGAGCUACAGUGUUCCCCGGCCGCCUGCCCCGCACCCCAGCCGGAUCUGCGAAUCCUCAGGACAUGCCGACACAGCGGGACAGCAACAUGUCCCAGCUAGUAGAUCACUCCCACCAGGUCCGGGUAAAGGCUUAUUUCAAAGGAGACAUAAUGAUCACCCAUUUUGACCCCACCAUAACCUUUGAUGGACUGUGCAAUGAGGUUCGGGACAUGUGCGCUUUUGACAAUGAACAGCUCUUCACCAUGAAAUGGAUUGAUGAAGAAGGAGAUCCGUGUACAGUCUCUUCCCAGCUGGAGCUGGAAGAAGCUUUCCGCCUGUAUGAAUUAAAUAAAGAUUCGGAACUACUCAUUCAUGUAUUCCCUUGUACACCAGAGAGGCCUGGCAUGCCUUGCCCUGGAGAGGACAAGUCUAUCUAUCGACGCGGGGCUCGAAGGUGGCGAAAGCUGUACUGUGCAAAUGGUCACACUUUCCAAGCCAAAAGAUUUAACAGGCGAGCACAUUGUGCCAUCUGCACAGAUCGGAUCUGGGGGCUGGGAAGACAGGGCUAUAAAUGCAUCAACUGUAAGCUCCUGGUUCAUAAGAAAUGCCACAAACUUGUUACCAUAGAGUGUGGACGUCACACUAUAGUUGAACCAAUACUCCAUAUGGAACAAUCAGGAAUUCAUCCAGAACACAACACUCCAGAUUUAUCUUACCGGCCCAAAAGCCAGGACAGUUUGGACCAACUUGGUGAAGAGAAAGAGGCAACGAACAGCACGGAGAGCGGCAAGUCCCCCUCCAGCUUGGGCCUGCAGGACUUUGAUCUGCUGCGCGUCAUCGGAAGGGGCAGUUACGCUAAAGUUCUUCUGGUGCGGCUGAAGAAAACCGAACGCAUAUAUGCCAUGAAAGUGGUUAAAAAGGAGCUGGUUAACGAUGAUGAGGAUAUUGAUUGGGUUCAGACAGAGAAGCAUGUGUUUGAACAGGCUUCAAACCACCCAUUCCUUGUUGGAUUACACUCUUGCUUCCAAACAGAAAGCAGGCUGUUUUUUGUCAUUGAAUAUGUCAACGGUGGGGACCUGAUGUUCCACAUGCAACGUCAAAGAAAACUUCCAGAGGAGCACGCAAGGUUUUAUUCUGCAGAAAUCAGUCUGGCAUUAAACUACCUUCACGAGCGGGGGAUUAUUUAUAGGGAUUUAAAGCUGGACAACGUCUUAUUGGAUUCUGAAGGCCACAUAAAGCUUACCGACUAUGGCAUGUGCAAGGAAGGGCUGCGGCCAGGAGAUACAACCAGCACGUUCUGUGGGACACCAAAUUAUAUAGCUCCAGAAAUCUUGCGAGGGGAAGAUUAUGGUUUCAGUGUGGACUGGUGGGCUCUGGGGGUCCUGAUGUUCGAAAUGAUGGCUGGAAGGUCUCCAUUUGAUAUUGUUGGCAGCACGGAUAAUCCUGACCAAAACACAGAGGAUUUUCUUUUCCAAGUUAUUCUGGAAAAGCAAAUCCGUAUUCCAAGAUCUCUUUCUGUUAAAGCAGCCAGUGUAUUAAAGAGCUUUCUUAACAAGGAACCCAAAGACCGCCUUGGCUGUCAUCCACAGACAGGAUUUGCUGACAUUCAGAAUCACCAGUUUUUCCGAAAUGUUGACUGGGACCAUAUGGAGCAAAAGCAAGUCGUUCCGCCCUUUAAGCCCAACAUAUGCGGGGAAUUCGGAUUGGAUAACUUCGACGCGCAGUUCACGAAUGAGCCUGUCCAGCUCACUCCCGAUGAUGAUGAUGUUGUGAGGAAGAUUGACCAGUCUGAAUUUGAAGGCUUUGAAUAUAUCAACCCUCUCUUGAUGUCUGCCGAGGAGUGCGUAUGAUUCAUUGCACAUUGACCGAGCCGGCGACGGGGUCAUUCCACCGCACGGUUGUCUGUUCUUCAAUACCAUCCAGGAAUUCACACCGUUCCAUACUGUUCUGCCGCUGCGUCUUAAUGUAUAUCUGCCAUUCAUCCGAAUCAAUGAAAGGGGAUCUGUUUGAUGCCUGGACCUACUACUGUUAAACACAUGCCUUUUUAUGAUUGUAACUAUAUUAGCAGGAGGAGGCUGUUGAGCGGCUGCUGUAUGUAGAUGUACAAGAAGUUGUGCGGCUAUCGGGGAACAGGCCAAAACACAUUCAUUUUUAUUUUCCAUUUUAUUUUGGGUAAGACCACGGUUUGUUUUCUAACCCUUUAGUAAAGCAUCAUCAUUUACUUGAGCGAUCGGAGUAGCUUUGGGUGCCUUGGGUUUGGGUAAAGUGUCUCUCUGUAUAACAGGAGUGCCCUUUAGUCUCACGGGUCAGCCUUAGUAAGCCGCAUGUGCUAAUUUAACAAAACACCGUCAUGUUUGGAGCAUGCGGGACGGAUAGUGAGAUAUACAGAUUUCAGUGGUACCCAGUUUUCCAGUCCAGACAAAGAAUGGACGUAUGCUUUUUUA